AUGGACAUACCGUCGACAACAUGGGAGCCCUCCGUGUUUCGCGCUGCUGAGCUCGCCCCAAUGACGCCGGGCGGAACAGGCCCGCCCACCAGCCCCGCAUUUCCGCCCAAGGCCAAAUUUCGUGGCGGGAAUUCCAACUCGGCGGCGAAGAAUAACCAAGCCCCGCACCUGCAGGCGCCCGGCACCCCCUGCGCGGGGAUGAUCCGCGCGCCUUCUCACCGCUUCCCCGCGUCUUCGACCAUCCACACCGCCGGUACUUACGGCAGCGGCAGGAGCGGAUGGAGCGGUGGAGGUGGCGGAGCGCAACCCGCGGAGUCUAUGAAGCGGAAGCGCCCGCGGUUCGCGGAGGAGCAGCUAGCGCAUUUGGAGGCGCAUUUUGCGGUGGAGCAGGAGCUCACCCCGGCCAGCAAGAAGCAGCUGGCGGCGCGGCUCGGCGUGAAGCCGCGGCAGGUGUGCGUGUGGUUCCAGAAUCGCAAAGUGCGGCAGAGAACGCGGGAGCGCGAGACGGAGCUGGAGGGCAUGCAAGCGGCGUACGCGAAGCUUCAGGCGACGUGCCGCGAGCUGCAAGACGACUACGAGCUCCUGAAAUCGGACUACCAGGAGCUGCUGCUGCAAAACACGCAGCUUUUCGACAUGAUGCAGGAGAUCGAGCAGCAGCUGGGGAACCCGCAGAUCCCACCCGGUGAUCGCCCCGUCACGUCGCGAUUCAAUGACACCACAGCCCCGGACAACCAGCCUGGCGGAUCUGCCCAAUCGGACCGCGGCGGGCAGUCGAACCAAUCUGAGGAGGAAGUGGAAAUUCCGUCUGUCCGGCUCCAGCCCCUUCAUCAGCAACAGAAGCAGCGGCGGCAGGUGCGGCGGGAGGAGAGGCAGCACCUAGCGGCGGCUGCGGCGGCGGCUGAGGCGGCGGGAGAGGCGGAGGAGGAGGAAGAAGACGAGGAGGAUGAGGACGAGGAGGAGGGGGAGGCACAGCCUGGGCCGUGCGCUACGGCCUUCAACAAGCAAGCCGAGCCGCUCCUUGGGAACACGGCGACCUGCUUUCCAAUCCAGGAGUUUUACCCUGCAGCGGCCGGGGAGGUUUCCAGUUUUACCCCCGGCCCACCUUCGGGUAGCCCGUUUCACAUCCACGCCAAGAAUCAAGCCAAUCCGGUCAAGCCCCCUUCGUACCAGAGCAACUCGCCCGAUUCGUCCUUGGAUGAGAUCGGCGGCGCGCCGUUCGCGCUUCCCCCUCCCGCCUUCCCCAUGGGCGUUGCGCCAACCUCAGCACCCCCCGUGCUCUUUGAGCCCCUCACAGCUUUCGCCAACCCUGGUAACCGCGUGGGGGAAUCCGAGCAUUUCGUCGCUCCCUCCAACCAGCAGCAGGGUCCCGAUCUCUACGACCUCUACUCCCAAGCUCCCGCUAGCGGCGGCGGCGGCGGCGCCGAAUUUUUGGAUGGCUGGAUGGACGGCGACGCGACGGCGAUGCAGCAAUCUGCUGGCUUACCGUUCGGCCUGACGGCAAAGGCUCCGGCGGAAGCGGAGGCGGAAGACGGGGAGAGUGAUUCUGAGGCUGCAAGGAGAACAACAGUGCAUGGCGGGAGGAAUGCUGCGUUCGCUUCUCCUAGCGGCGAGCUCGUCGAGAAUGGCUUACCUCUUGACGUGUUCUCCUCGUGGAAUGAGGGGCUGCCUCAGGCGUGUAUGGAAGGCGCGGGAGAGGCGGAACAGCGAUGCGCGGGUGGGGAAUUCGCGGGCGCAAGGGAGGAUACGAGCGGAAGCAUGAGGGGGAAUCAGGAACCGUUCGAUCUUCUGGGAAGCAUGGAGGGCGCAAUGGGAGGGAUGGGGUGUGCCGAGGAUGGCGACGCGAGCGGUGGUGUUGCUGCUGCGGACGACAUGGCUAGCAUGUGCGGGUUCGACAUGCAGGCUUAUGCGACUUUCUGA